AUUUCUCUAAUUAUUACUUCCAUUUUCCUACUCUAAUCAUAGACCCAAAAAGUCAUUCAAUUUGUAAUUACUUGGAGCCUAGUGACUAAUAUUAAAUUAAACACUCCAUCCAUUUCUUUCUAUUUACAUAAUUUUCUUUUCAAGAAUCAAAUAAUACGCAUUUGACCAAUAUUAGGGAAAGAAAAAAAUAUACCUUGCUCAAAUUUUAAUGUAAUCUUACAAAACUUUGUAAGUUAAUUUUUGAGAAGCAAAACAUUACAAUUAUUUUGAAACGGAGAGGAUUAAAAAGAUUUGUUUUUUUUUUUGUCCACAUGAGUUUUAUUACUAAUAUAUACAGAAUAUACACGCACUGUACGUCCAAAUCUUGUCUUUUACUGUUGAGUAGUAAGUAGUAGUCUCUUCUUCUCUUCUCCCGCUUUUGCUUUACUUUCUCGUUACCCCUUUUUUUCUUCCUUCUCUCUCUCUCUCUGUGUUUACUUCAACUCUCAGAGAAAAAAAGAUACAAUUUUGUGAUGACCCUUUUAAGGAAUUAAUCAAGAAGAAGAAGAAGAAGAUUAUGGAGUGGGAUAAACAGCAGCAGCAGCCACCAGCGCAGCCGCAGACGGCGGAGGAAUUGAACGGAGGUGGUGGUAGCAGUGGUGGUGGGAUGUUUGUGAAAGUGAUGACUGAUGAGCAAAUGGAAGUUUUAAGGAAGCAAAUAGCUGUAUAUGCUACCAUUUGUGAACAGCUUGUUGAUUUGCAUAAAUCCAUGGCUACUCAACACGAUCUUGCUGGAGUCAGGCUGGGAAAUCUGUACUGCGAUCCCCUGGUGACAUCCGCUGGCCAUAAAAUCACUGGCAGACAACGUUGGACUCCAACACCUAUGCAACUUCAGAUUCUUGAGCGCAUCUUUGAACAAGGCAAUGGAACUCCAAGCAAGCAGAAGAUCAAAGAGAUAACUUCUGAAUUAUCUCAACAUGGCCAAAUUUCUGAAACAAAUGUGUAUAAUUGGUUUCAAAAUAGGCGUGCUCGAUCAAAAAGGAAGCAACAGGUUGCAGCAACAAACAACAAUGAAUCAGAGGUGGAGACAGAGGUUGAGUCGCCCAAUGAAAAGAAAACAAAGCCAGAGGAUCUGCAGUCUUCUCACAUGCCAACUUCAGUGGCUGAAGAUCUUGGCUAUCAGAACCCUGAAGUGAGCUCUGGAAUGCAUACACUAGAUCCGCGGACCAGUAAACCCGAGCCUAUGUUUCCAUCAGACGGUAGUUCAAAAUCUGCUGGAAGUUAUGGCCAGAUGUCCUUCUACGGAAUGUCUAAUCCAAGAAUGGACCAGAUAAUGGGAAAGAUGGAAGUGCCGGGGAGUUAUCAUCCAUAUCUACAUGCAGAAGACUACAACAUGACCGGCUAACUGCCAGUUUGAAUGAUGAGUGUUUGAGAAAUUUAGAUCGAGACUAGAAGCUGCCAACUCUUGCCAGAGUUUCUGAGUACGUUAGCCAUUGAUUGAUGAUUAUAUUACAGAAUGUCUCUGUGUAUGAAAUAUGUACUUAUCGACCACGCUUAUAGGAACUAUAUAGUAAAUAGUACUUUCUGUUUAAACCACUAAAGUACUAUUUUGUCUCUCUUUAGCAAUUCAUGUCAUUUCCCUAUGAAACAAAGUUGUUGCUUUGUUGGUCUCUGCUUGUAGAUUAGAAACUAAGGUGUUGUGAAUUUGUUCCCAUUUGCUUUGUAAUUGUUUUUUUUUUUUCACACUUUUGGAGUUAUAGUACAUGAAAAGAGUGAUGGGAACCUUCUUGGUGAGUGAAGUUAUGUUUUCUGCAUGAUGCCAGGGUCAUGUUCUGAUUUUCAAAGAAUGUUUUUAAGUGGGUUCUGACUA